AUGGAAGUAUUCGAAAGUUUUGGAUUCGAACAGGAAAUCAUCAAAUUAUGGGAUCCGAUUACCGACGAUGCGGUCUGGAUGCGGGAUGUGGACGGUAGAUUCUAUCGUGCUGAGCGUGAGACUCGGCCUUUGCCGUUACGUACGAGAUGGGUUGGAGGUCUAUUACAACAAGCUGUUAUCGAGAACAUAAUCAAGCAACAUAUCAAAUCUAUUUCACCAAUACAGGUCGAGUACGAGAGUGUACCUACGUCCCUGUGGUUCGAUGAAGCAGAGAUCAAUGAUCCGGAUGGGUACCCUUGCAUUAUCAAUUUGCGGCGGAGAAAAUCAACAAAAGAAGAUGCAGCUACCAAUGACCAUGAUCAGUUACCUCAAAAUACCGAGACAGUGCGAGCAAAGUAUGUCAUCGGAGCGGAUGGAGGAAAGUCCUGGACGAGGAAGCAACUCGGUUUUGCCAUGGAAGGAAAUAAGACAGACUCAAUUUGGGGAGUGAUUGAUUUGAUUGUGAUAUCGGAUUUUCCAGAUAUUGAAGGCGGAAACCUCUUCUUUUUCCGCAGAGAACGUGGUAUGACCCGAUUCUAUGUGCAGCUUAACAGAGGCAAGGUUACAGAGAAUCUGUGCAGAGAAUCAGUCACGCAGGAAACAAUCAUUGAGAAGAUUAGAUAUAUGCUUCGACCGUAUACAGUUGCUGUGAAGAAUUGUGAAUGGUGGUCAGCUUAUACUGUUGCUCAGCAUUUGAGUACUGGAAUGACAAAAAAUGGGCGAGCCUUUCUAGUCGGAGAUGCUGUUCAUACCCAUUCACCACUUGUUGGCCAAGGAAUGAACGUAGGCAUGCAGGAUUCCUAUAAUUUAGGUUGGAAACUCGCAGGUGUUAUUCGCAAACAAUUCGACUCCAAGAUCCUGGACACGUUCGAGAUCGAAAGACGUCCUGUAGCGGAACAGCUUGUCGAAGUGGACCAAAUUUAUCUACAGUUAUUUGACGCACCAAAAGGAAAAGAACCCGAAUGGCUAUUGGAACGGGCAGCACAGUUAGAACCGUUUCUUAUGGGUCUAUCCGUGAAUUAUUCUACUUCGCCAUUGACAGCAUUGUCGAGCACUUCCACACAAGCUACGAAUCUACUGCCAAGCGAUCUAUCCGAGAGAAUAAUACCAGGCAGACGCUUCCCUGAGAUGACUGUUUAUAAUCACGCAUCAGGCAAAUUAUACCCCCUCCAGAGACUGCUCCGGGCGAACGGUAACUUUCACGUGAUUGUCUUUGCUGGCGAUAUCUCUCAACUUGAGAAACGCAAUCUUAUGAACCGCGCUGGAACCGGGUUGGAAUCAAUACAGAAAGGUUUGCAGCUGAAACUCAACAUCUUUGCUAUACAUCGUACGACACGUGCUGCUGUUGAGCUGGCAAAUAUGCAUGAUAUCUUCUUCCCCUUUGAUGAGACGAUGGGAAGAGACUAUGAUCGGGUAUAUUGUGAUUUAGAUGUGACAUACGAAGAGGCUGGGAUUGACAUUGGUGGAGGGAUCGUCGUUGUUCGUCCAGAUCAGUAUGUUAGCUGGACUGGUGGUCUGGAUAACACGGAUGGACUUAGAGAAUACUUUGAGCAUGUUUUUAGAACCUAA